GCCAAUAAAUGUAGCCUUACUGGCAUUGUUUAACUCUUACUUUUUAUUUUAUUUUAGGUAAACUACAGUCACAAUGGCAAAGUCGAAGAACCACACGACACAUAACCAGUCUCGUAAAGCCCAUAGGAAUGGCAUCAAGAAGCCCAGAUCCCAUCGCUAUGAGUCCCUGAAGGGGGUAGACCCCAAGUUCCUGAGGAACAUGCGCUUUGCCAAGAAGCACAACAAAAAGGGCUUGAAGGCGGCGAGGAAGGCCGCAGCCGCCACUCAGAACGCAGCCGCCACUCAGAACGCAGCCGUCGCUCCGAAAUGAUCUGUUUGCUCGUCACCCUUCGUGUUACCAUCGCAAUAAAGCAAUGCUUUAAACAAACA